AUGGCUAAGGAGUGGCUGCUAUGGCUGACCCUGUCUGCCAUUGUAGCUGCCUGGCAAAGCGAGGCAAAGUCUGCUGUGAACACUUUCUCCUCAAUGUCCCAGAUUCCUGAAAAAUUAACAGGUGUGAGUCCCAUCCACAAUGGCCAAGUUUGCAGUACAUGGGGCAACUUCCACUUCAAGACCUUUGAUGGGGAUGUUUUCCAGUUGCACUCCACCUGCAACUACGUCCUGACGUCUUCAUGCAGGAGCAGCUACAAGGACUUCAACAUCCAGAUAAGAAGACAGCAGGUCAAUGGCCAUCCAACCAUCAAAAACAUCAUCAUGAAGCUGGAGGGUUCAGUGGUGGAGCUCUCCAAAGGCUCAGUGGUCGUUGAUGGCAAAGUUGCUGUGUUACCACUUAGUCAUUCAGGAGUGUUCAUUGAAAAAACUCCCACCUACAUCAAAAUCAAAGCAAACCUGGGAUUAGCCGCUAUCUGGAAUGAGGAGGACUCUUUUCUGGUGGAGCUAGACCUGAAGUACAAGAACCAAACCUGUGGUCUUUGUGGAGACUUUAAUGGGCUUCAGCUCCACAACGAGUUCUACAGUCAUGGUUCAAAAAUUUCCCCAGUGGAUUUUGCCAACUUCUGGAAAAUGGAUGGUCCAACUGAAAGCUGUUCAGACUACACACUGGAAUCAACACAAAGCUGCAACGACAUGAAACCUCUGUGCGAGCAGAUCCUCACAGGGCCGGCCUUCAACAGCUGUCACAGUCUGCUGGAUGUUGAUGCCUUCACCUCUGCCUGUGUUGCAGACCUUUGCCAGUGUGGCAGUGAUGUAGAUGAACAUGCAGACCCCUUCUGCCUGUGCAACACUGUGUCUGAGUUCUCCAGACAGUGUGUCCAUGCGGGUGGCAAGCCCCACAACUGGAGAACCAAAGAGCUCUGCUGGAAGUCAUGUCCCUACAAAAUGGAGUACAAAGAGUGUGGAAGUCCCUGUGCUGAUACCUGCUCUAACCCAGAGGCCAGCCGCACCUGUGAAAAUCACUGUAUCGAUGGAUGCUUCUGCCCGGCAGGCAUGGUGCUGGAUGACUUAAAUGGCAAGGGUUGUGUUCCACUCAAUGAGUGCUCCUGCAGCUACAACAAGAAGAUCUAUGGACAUGGAGAGUCCUACUCAAGUAACUGCAAAAAAUGUGUGUGUGAGAGUGGUCAAUGGAAAUGUAUGGAGAAGAACUGUCCAGGAACCUGCUCUGUGGAGGGAGGAGCUCAUGUCAACACUUUUGACGGAAAGGUCUACACCUUCCAUGGGGACUGCUCCUACAUUCUAGCUAAGGACUGCAGUGGAACUCAGUUUGUGGUACAGGGAGAACUAGUGCAGUGUGGACUGACUGAAAGUGAAACCUGCCUGAAGUCUGUUACCUUGGGUUUGUCUGGAGGGGCUAAUGUCAUCACCAUCCAGCCCAGUGGAAAGGUUUUUGUGAACGGCAUCUACGCCCAGUUACCUUUUUCUGCUGCUGGCAUCUCCACCUUCAGAGCAUCCUCUUUCUACCUGCUGGUCCAGACAUCUGUCGGUGUUCUGCUAGAGGUGCAGCUCCAGCCAGUCAUGCAGAUCUACAUCACAGUGACCAGUGACUAUCAGGCCAAGACCUGUGGUCUGUGUGGUAACUUCAAUAGUAACCAAGCUGAUGACUUCCUUAAGCUCAGCGGUGUUCCAGAUGCCACAGCAGCUGGUUUUGUUAACAGCUGGAAGACACAUGCUGGUUGCACAGAUGUGAAAAGCAACUUUGAGAACCCCUGCAGUCUCAGUCUGGAUAAUGAGAAGUACGCCAUGCACUGGUGCUCCAUGCUGAAUGAUCCCCAGGGAGUGUUUGCUUCCUGUCACUCAGAAAUCAGUCCUGACUCUUACAAAGAGAACUGCAUGUAUGACAGCUGUAACUGCGAGAAGAGUGAGGACUGCAUGUGUGCUGCAGUCUCCUCUUACGUCCAUGCCUGUGCAGCAGCAGGAAUCCAGAUCAAGAACUGGAGGAAGACCAUUUGUGGGAAAUAUGCCAGCUCUUGCCAGAACAACAUGGUCUACUCCAACAACAUCACAUCGAACAGUCACACCUGCCGCUGCCUUGGCACCACAGAUCUCAGCUGCCACGCCACCUUUCCGCCUAUUGACGGCUGUAUCUGUACAAAGGGAACCUAUCUGGAUGACUCUGGGAACUGUGUCCCAUCUAAAGCUUGUCCAUGUUAUGAUAAAGGCUCCGUGGUGCCUCCUGGACAGGUCGUCAACAAGGAUGGGGUCAUGUGCACCUGUAAAGAGGGCAAAUUCAGCUGCAUUGGAGAGUUUAUUGCACAGCCAGCGGCCUGUGCUCCUCCCACUGUGUUUUUCAACUGCUCUACUAAUGGUCCAGCUGCAAAAGGAACGGAGUGCGAGAAGAGCUGCAACACAUUAGACAUGGCUUGUGUGGCCACAGAGUGCGUAUCUGGCUGUAUGUGUCCAUCUGGGAUGGUAUCUGAUGGUAAAGGAGGCUGCAUUAAGCCAGAGGCCUGUCCUUGUGUUCAUAAUGGCAUCUCCUACCACCCUGGUGAGACCACUAGGGUGGACUGCAACACCUGCACUUGUAAAGAUAGGAAAUGGAUCUGUACCAACAAUCAGUGUGAUGGAACCUGCUCUGUCUAUGGUGCUGGACACUACAUGACUUUUGAUCAGAAGCGGUUCACCUUUGAUGGCAACUGUGAAUACAUUCUCACUCAGGACUACUGUGGCAGUGCUGAGAGUAAUGGAACCUUCAGAGUGAUCACUGAGAAUGUUCCGUGUGGAACCACAGGAACCACCUGUUCCAAGACCAUCAGGAUCUUCUUGGAGAGUGCAGAAGUGAUUCUAACAGAGGGAAGCUACCAGCUGCUUUCAAGUGGAAAUGAAGAAACUGUUCCAUUCCGGUACAGCACUAUGGGCAACUACCUGGUAAUUGAAGCCAACAAUGGACUCAUUGUCAUGUGGGACAGGAAGACCAGCUUGUUCAUCAAGCUCAGUCCAAAAUAUAAGGGGCGUGUUUGUGGGCUGUGUGGCAGCUAUGACAGCAAUGCAAAUAAUGACUUCACUACACGGUGCCAUGCUGUAGUGGUCAGUCCAUUGGUGUUUGGCAAUAGCUGGAAGGAUUUACCAAGCUGUCCUGAUGCUCAGAGCAUCACCAGCCCCUGUAGAGACAACCCAUUCAGACAGUCGUGGGCCCAGAAACAGUGCAGCAUCAUACAGAGUGAUGUCUUCUCUGCCUGCCACUCCACCGUGGAUCCUGCUCCAUACUAUGAGGCAUGUGUGUUUGACUCAUGUGCUUGUGACACUGGUGGAGACUGCGAGUGUUUCUGCACUGCUGUGGCUGCUUAUGCGGAAUCCUGUAAUCAAGCUGGUGUCUGUAUACAAUGGAGAACACCAAAGAUCUGCCCUAUCUUCUGUGAUUACUACAAUCCCCCUGGUGAAUGUGAAUGGCACUACAUGCCAUGUGGAUCUCCCUGUAUGAAAACCUGCAGGAACCCCUCAGGCAGCUGCUCCACACAGAUACCUCCUCUAGAAGGUUGCUAUCCAAAAUGUCCUUCUGCUCAGCCAUACUUCGAUGAGGAUACAAUGACAUGUGUUGUGCAAGAACAAUGUGGCUGCUAUGAUAAGGAGGGGAAACACUAUAAUAAUGGUGACAAAGUCCCAACAACUGAAAACUGUCAUACAUGUACAUGCAGUGCAAUGACCAUCAAAUGCCAGUAUGAUGCCCAAGCCUGUACUUGCACAUAUCAUGGAAACAAAUAUCCCCCUGGCAAUACCAUCUAUAACACAACAGAUGGACAUGGAAACUGCAUCACAGCAGUGUGUGGGAAGAAUGGUACCAUUGACAGGAGGACAUACCCAUGCUUAGUGCCUACACCAAGUACACAUGCAACCACUACUACAACAAGCCAGUCUCCAACCACCUUUGUUUUUACAUCAACCACACCAGGUAUGUGGAAGUGCAUGCCCAACAAAGCCUACUCCAUCGUCACCUCCAAGAUCAACCACAGAACCCCCAGUGAUACCUACAACUACAAAACAUGUUACCCCAACAUCUUGUCAGGAAACAAUCUGCUCUUGACAACUACAACUCAACCACCUACAACUACAACAACUACACCUCAGCCAACUACACCUGCACCUUGCCCUGAUGGACAUGAUAUGAUAUGUAGUUGGUCAGACUGGAUUAAUCUGGGAAAGCCAACAACAGGCCCUAAUGGUGGAGACAAUGAAUCCAUCCAGAAGAUAAUCUCUGCAGGGUACCAUGUUUGCUCAACUCCCAUAGAAGUCCAGUGUAGAGCUGCUCUUUAUCCAGGUCUAUCAAUUUCACAGGUUGGACAAGCUGUGACUUGCAAUAAAAAUGUGGGUCUCAUAUGUAACAACAAACAACAAGGGCUUCAACAAGAGUGUUUUGAUUAUGAGAUUAAAUUCAAAUGCUGUGAGUGUCCACCAACUCCAACUCAGCCAUCUACAACUACAACUGAAACAACUACAACUCAACCACCUACAACUACAACAACUACAACUACAACUCAGCCACCUACAACUACAACAACUACAACUCAGCCACCUACAACUACAACAACUACAACUCAACCACCUACAACUACAACAACUACACCUCAGCCAACUACACCUGCGCCUUGCCCUGAUGGACAUGAUAUGAUAUGUAGUUGGUCAGACUGGAUUAAUCUGGGAAAGCCCACAACAGGCCCUAAUGGUGGAGACAAUGAAUCCAUCCAGAAGAUAAUCUCUGCAGGGUACCAUGUUUGCUCAACUCCCAUAGAAGUCCAGUGUAGAGCUGCUCUUUAUCCAGGUCUAUCAAUUUCACAGGUUGGACAAGCUGUGACUUGCAAUAAAAAUGUGGGUCUCAUAUGUAACAACAAACAACAAGGGCUUCAACAAGAGUGUUUUGAUUAUGAGAUUAAAUUCAAAUGCUGUGAGUGUCCACCAACUCCAACUCAGCCAUCUACAACUACAACUGAAACAACUACAACUCAACCACCUACAACUACAACAACUACAACUCAACCACCUACAAGAACAACUACAACUACAACUCACCACACUACAACUGAAACAACUACAACUCAGCCACCAACAACUACAACUCAGCCACCUACAACUACAACUGAAACAACUACAACUCAACCACCUACAACUACAACAACUACACCUCAGCCAACUACACCUGCGCCUUGCCCUGAUGGACAUGAUAUGAUAUGUAGUUGGUCAGACUGGAUUAAUCUGGGAAAGCCCACAACAGGCCCUAAUGGUGGAGACAAUGAAUCCAUCCAGAAGAUAAUCUCUGCAGGGUACCAUGUUUGCUCAACUCCCAUAGAAGUCCAGUGGUCCACGGUCUACAAUGUGACAGACCACGAUGGCCACUGUUUCAUAGGGUACUGCAAUGAGACCUGUCAUGUUGUGGCCAAACACCACCAAUGUCCUCCAAAUAAUGAGUGUGUUGAUGUAAAUCCUCCAAGAAAGGAUGGUGAAAGUUGGAAGGAAAGUAAAUGUAGUGUAGGAACAUGUAUUAACGGCAAGGUUACCUAUACCCACACACCAUGUCCAAUUCAGAAGCCUGUAGUAUGUGCAAAUAACUUCCCUGCUAUUGAAGUCUGGGAUGAUGAUGGAUGCUGCUCACACUAUGAAUGCCAAUGUAUCUGCUACGGAUGGGGAGACCCCCAUUAUGUCACCUUCGAUGGAACCUACUAUGGUUUUCAAGGCAACUGUUCCUACUGGCUAGUUAAAGAGAUCUUGCCCAAAUACAACUUCAGCGUUAUGAUCGACAACUACUACUGUGGUGCACCUGAUGGUUUGUCCUGUCCUCAGUCCAUCACAGUCUUCUACCAAAGCUAUAAGAUUUUUAUUACACAGAAGGAUAUUAAUGGCAUUUUCACAAACCAGAUUUCUGUGAAUGACAGGCCUGUGAGUCCUGCAUACCAGAAUGCUGAUUUCCGUAUAGCCACCACUGGUAUUGAUACAGUGCUCGUGAUCCCGAAAAUUCAUGCCAAGGUUACCUUCUCUGGGCUCAUAUUCAGUAUCUACCUGCCCUAUGGUGAAUUUGCUAGCAACACCGAGGGACAGUGUGGCACGUGUGACAACAACCGGACAGAUGAUUGCAUGUUGCCCAGUGGCAAAAUUGAUCCGUCAUGUCCUCAUAUGGCACACGAGUGGCAUGCUAACAACAGUUACUGUGAACCUCCAAGUCACCCCACACCAACACCUAAGCCUGAUACCUGUAAUACAACUAUCUGUGACAUCAUCAAGAGCAGGUGA